AUGCCCCUCCCCAGCGCCCUCGCCGACCACAUUGACCGCUACGUCGACUCGCUCUACCCAGACAUCCACCCCCGCAUCGUCUCCGAGCUCGACGCCUUCCAGCAAAAGACCAUCGACUCCCUCGAGGACCAGGUCGUCGACGCCUUCCGCUCCCUCUUCAAUCGUGACUCCAACAGCAAUGCCCGCCAGCUCGACCCCAACCCGCCGGACGCCUACGGCGGUCAGUCUCUCCCCUUUGCCGACGAGAUCGCCGCCCUGACCCGCGGGUUCAGCCAGGUCGCGGCCGAGGCGGGGGACGAUCUGGGGGAUAUCUUCAACCUCACUGAGGGCGGCGGCGGUGGCAAUAAUAAUAACAACAGCAACAGCCGUGCCCGCGGCUUCGGCGACUUCACCUCUGGCGGCGGGGCAGGCGGGUUCCUCUCUGCCGCCGUCAAUGCCGUGCAGGACCACCUCGACAACCGCUCCGGUGGUGGUGGUGGCGGGGGUCUGCAACUCGACGGCCUGCUGGGCGUGCUGAGCGACACGGUCAAGGACACGGCGCGGCACCCGGAGGAGAAGGCCCGGCUGAUCAGCCCGGAGAUCAAGGAGCACGUGGGCAACAAGCUGCGCGAGCAGCACGCGCCCAUCGCGGAGCAGUUCACGCGGCUCGCGCUCGAGCACAUCAAGCGCUGGCUACGGGGCAACACGAGCGCCGGGGACGUCGGCGACGGGGUGCGCGGGGAGAUCCACGAGCAGGUGCAGGACCUGGUCAAGGGGCUGGGCGGGCUGUUCAAGGGCGGGAGGGAUCGCGGUGGUGAUGGCGAGCGGUCGAGGGGUUUUAAUGAGGGCGAUGGUGGUGACAGUGGCAGUGGAGGAGGAGGCGGUGGCUUCUCGGCCGUCAUCAGCGACAAGCUGAGCACUGGCCUUGCGCGCGUGCACAGGGAGGUCCGGCUCGAGUUCCGCACUAUCCUCGGCGCCAUUGAGAAGCAGCUGUUUGAGCUGCUGCCAGACCAGAUCCAGGGCCCGCUCGAGAGGAUCCUGGGCGGCAACCCGUUCGACUCGGAGCUCGACAGGAACGCCGGCCGUGCAGGGGGAGGAGGAGAUCGGGAGCGCGGAGGCGGGGACUUUGUCGACGACGUCAAGGCCAAGCUGGUCGACCGGAUCCGGGGCUUCGUGCGCAAGGUCCAAGAGCUGCUGCGCGAGAACAUCCUGGGCGUGGUGAAUGGCGGGCACCGCAGGUUCGAGCGCGAGAGCUGGCUGUUUGUGCAGAACAUGGUCGAGAUGAAGGUGCAAAAGUACCUGCCCGAGGUGCGGAUCAACGUGCCCGACGACAUUGGCAACGAGGGCGUCCGGGUCGAUCCGCCGUCGGAGCGGUCGCAGCGGCCAGGCGGAUACUGA